GUUUCCCCACGGAGGACUCUACCGCUGACGGACCAUGAAAUGACAUAAUGGUAAACACAGUGAGUCAAGCCACAAACCAUCUCCAUUCGAUGACCCCACAGCUACCUGACAGGCAAAGAGAGCACCAAUAAUAAUGCUGAUGGGCGAUUUUUGACUGAUCUUUCACAAUUUGUAUCCGACUCCUAAAUAUUUCAGACAGAGCAAAGGGAUUUCUACUGUUUUGUGGCCCCAAAUGUGUGGAUCUGGCCAAGUAUCUAUUGGCGCCCAUAUUGGCUUGAUUAAGAGAGUCUCAAGCUGCUGCCAGUCUUGUUUAGCUCAGGCAUGAUGCCCCUGUAGCUUUCCCCAGGCGGUAGAGAUUCACUAUUGGAAAAGGAAAAGUGUAACCCUGGACAAAGGCCCUAUCUUGAGGCGGGGAGCAGGACUUGGCUUCAGACAGAAGUUUGUGAAGCCUGUAGGCUGCUUGGAUCUCCUUCACCAAUUCUUAGCUCAUCAAAGUCCCUAAUAGCCUAGUUUGCUUUGUUGGACAUGUGGAUCCUGCUAAUGGGGUUUCUGCCCCCUUCCUGGAAAAAUAUCUAGUUGUGAGAUAUACAGCUCAGGGGUAGACCCAGCCAUGGAGGGUCUUGAGCAACUUGACAUGGUGGGUGAUAUCAGCCCGGCCUUGGAGGCUACUGAGGAUUUUAUCCAGUGCAUGGAUGCACAAGGCCAAGGUCCGAGCCAGGUUCAAACAGGGAACAUCCAGCCUCCUAGGCAGCCCAAGCAGCUGCAGGAGGUGUCUACUGUGGCACUUGGGAAGCUCAGCUCCAGCGGCGUGUGGGGCCUACUGGCCGGAGAGCAGCCAGAGGUGGGCCCUUUAGGCCUGGCGUGGGCUGACAACUUCAGUGUGUUGGGGCUUGGGAUGGGCUUGAGGCAUGGCAAGAGAAGCCGGGCACGCUCCACCAACGACCUGGCAGCCCACUCCAAGGAGUGUACCAACCACAUUGCCAACUCCUCGUCCAAAUCAGCCUUCAAGAAGGGACACAAUCGCUCAAGAUCUGACGUCAACUACCGGCCGUCUGCCUACACGGACAAUGGCCUUCCCACCGUGGACUGUAGCACAUUGAAGAACAUGAUCCUCAACCGCCAGCAAGAAGCUGAUAAAAGCAGCAUUAGCAGUAGCAGUGUUGUGAAGCAGGGUGAGAUGGAGCAGCGUGAGGGGCCCCGGGGCCGCUGGACAGCCUGUCAUGUCGAACUGACACCCUGCGAGCUCCGGUUGUACAUUCUGGACAGCAGCGCCAACCGCCAGCUGGGCACUGCCUACUCUCUGUCCCACUGCCAGAGCGUCAUCUCACCAGCGCCCUGCAGUCAGCCUGGCCAAAUCAGCCAGCCUGCCGAUCAACGCACUCUGCAAGCUUUGUUCUUCAACAGCACUCGUCUCCAGCUGAAGGCGGCUAGCCAAUGGGAGGCCAUGGAGUGGAGAAGGCUGAUGUGGGAGAAGGUGCAGGCAGCCAGACCUGCGAGGCAGGAGAACCGGCAGUGCAAGACGGCAGUGGAAAAUCAACAGGUCGUCAAGUUUUCUACACCCAUGUCACCGUCCUCAUCCCCCUCUCCGUCAGGGCUUGACACCAGACCUGAUGGUGACAGCGACAGCCCCACCUCAGCAGAGGCCUCGCUCUCUCUUCAAUCUAAUUCUGGCAUCGUGUGCAGACCCACCACCCUUCCUCUGUUUACCCAACCCUGCCAGGACGUCCUCAAAGCUGGUCUUCUCCACCAGCUGAUGGACCAUAACAACUGGCGGACCUUCACCUUCGUCCUGACCAGAUCUGCUUUCCAAGCCUUCCCCACUGAGGGCAGAGGGUCUGUGUCCCAACCCGUCCUCCAGCACUCCCUGGCAUCUUGCUUGGCUGUGCAGCAUGAUCAGGAACCAGAGAACGGGCAGCCGUGGACAGAUAGAAGGGAACAUUUCCAGGUAGUUUUCCCCAAAGACGUGCUCCGACUUUGGGCUGAUGAUCAACUUAAGGCCCAGGAAUGGGUGGAGAUGCUGCGAGAGGCAGUGGCGGCACAGAGGCCUGCACGAGAAGAAGGUGUAGAAUUGUGGGAAGGAGCUCCAGGCCUCCAGGGUGUGUUGUUGAGAUCAAAACCGUCUCGUGAGAGGAGGCAGCGGGAGGCCCAGAGAGCCAAGAGGCAGUCAGUCACCACCAGUUUCCUCAGUAUCCUCACCUGUCUGGCUGUGGAGAAGGGACUCACUGCUCAGAGCUUCAGAUGUGCAGGUUGUCAGCGUCCAGUUGGCCUGUCCAGAGGAAAGGCAAAGGUCUGCUGCUACAGCGGCUGGUACUACUGCCAGAGCUGCCAUCAGGACAACUCCUUCCUCAUCCCAGCUCGCCUGCUGCGAAACUGGGACACCAGCAAGCACAAGGUUUCUAAACAGGCCAAAGAAUUCCUGGAGUUUGUGUAUGAGGAGCCUCUGCUUGACGUCCAGCAGCUCAACCCUUGUCUGUACGAGCACUGUGAGCCUCUCAGCACUGUGCUACGCCUCCGGCAGCGGCUACAGUCGCUGCGGGCCUACCUGUUCAGCUGCCGGGCAACCGUUGCAGAGGACCUCCGACGACGGAUCUUUCCCAGAGAAUAUCUGCUACAGCACAUUCACCUCUACUCCAUGGCUGACCUGCAGCAGGUGAUUGAUGGGAAACUGGCUCCCUUCCUGUCUAAGGUGAUCAAGUUUGCCAGCUCCCAUGUUUUCAGCUGCAGUUUGUGUCGAGAGAAAGGCUUCAUCUGCGAGCUCUGCCAAAACGGACAGGUCAUCUACCCCUUCCAGGAGAGCGCCACCAAGAGGUGCGGCGGCUGCGGUGCCGUUUUCCACACUGAGUGUCGACAGAAAGCUCAGCCGUGUCCCCGCUGCGUUCGGCGAGAGCUGCACCACAAGAGGCCGUCCUCCUUUUGGUCUCCUGAUGACGACAGCCCUGGGUGUUUUCACGUGCCUUACCAAGACACCUGAGACACACACACACACACACACACACACACACACACACACACACACACACACACACACACACACACACACACACACACACACACACACACACACACACACACA